AUGCCUCCUCUGAUCGCACAGUUUCUAUCCACGAUUAGGGAUCAUGUGGUUGCGCUGGAUGGCGACAGCCUCGACGCGUGGCUGCAGGUUGAGCCCGGUGCAACAAGCCACGCCUAUCUGCAGCUCCGAGAUGAAAUGAGGCAGGGCCUGGGUGUGAACAACCAACUCGAGAGGCUGGUGGAGAAGUCCCUCCCCGAGGUAGACGACCCGCCGGACGGCACUGGAUCGCCGUGGCCCAGCUUCGUCACCUUCGUCAAGGAUUAUCUGCUUUAUUGGAGGGACGCGGAUUUCGACGACUUGAUGAGCGUCCAGGAGUCACUAUCUUGCGCUACUGCUUUGUCGCAUCCACAAUAUGGGAGCAUCAUGUUCCAGACCAGCAUAUCGCUUUCCGAGGCACUCUCUAAGGUCGUCAUGAUGCUCCACCGCCGUCCUGAUCUGAUGCAAGGGCGAAGGUCUGUCGCCGGGGGCGAAGACAGCAAAUCCAUGGUCGAGCAGUCUGCCGACAUCAUCCAGAAGAUAUUCACAUCCUGCCUCACGGACCGAUCGAGUACCAGGUUUGCAAGACCGGAGGGCAAAAAGGUUGGCGUCUACAUUUUCGCCAAUCUCGUCCUGAAACUCCUCUUUACUUGUGGGAAAUCUCGCCUUGCAGCACAGUUGCUUCUCAACGUAUCUGCGAGUGGACCGCCGCUGCAAUUAUAUCCGGCUGCACAGCGAGUUACCUUCCUAUAUUACCUUGGGAGGUUCAACUUCGACUGCGAUAACUUCGUACGCGCGUCGUUGUGCCUCGAGGAAGCCUACCUGCAAACGCCACCGUCUUUUCUGCGCCACCGGAGACUCAUUCUCACCUACCUGAUACCGGCCAAUAUUAUGCUUGGGCGUUUCCCAAGUGAGCUUUUGCUCGCCAGACCUGAGGCAGCAACGCUCGCCGCUGUGUUUCUCCCAAUUAUGACAGCGAUCCGUAAAGGGGAUUUUCUUGCUUUUCAACAAGCCCUAUCGGCCAACGAGCGCUGGUUGUAUCAUAAAGGCCUUCUUUUCACCCUCACCUUCCGCCUGCGCCCCAUCGUGUGGCGCUCUUUCAUCAGGCGGUGCUUUCUCCUCACUUAUGAAGCGCCACCACCAACGUCACGCUCAGCGCCAACUCUAAACUUAGCAGACGUCUACGUUGCCGCAUCCUAUGUCCAGAAGCGCCUCGAGGGCUUGACACCGGGGCGGAAUCAGCAGCCACUUAAGCGCCAGUCACAGACGAACAAUAUCUUCAUGAUGGCCGUGACCAACAGCGCCGCCGAUGCCUCAUCUGUACUUGUGCCGCCGGCGGGCGGGAAGACGAGGAACUUGAAGCCCAGCGAGGGCUUAUUCUGGGGUAACCUGCAGGUGACGGAGCAUGAGGUGGAAGGCGUAGUCGCAACGCUGGUUGCCCAGGGAUUGAUGAAUGGGUUCCUUGCCCAUUCAAGCGGCAGGUUCGCUGUGAUGGGAGCAAAGAAGGGCGGUGGGCCGCUUGCAGCAGGAUGGCCGACAGUCGUAAGGGUAGUGGCAGAUAGGAUGUCUGAGGAUGGCGUCAACGUUGACGAAGUCCCUGCAUGGGUGAAGAUGCCACCGGGGUAUGCUUGA